AUGGCGACUGCUGAGUCAAAACUACUGGAUGAAUUCAACGAAAAUUCCCUGAUCUGUGCUAUAUGUUCAGAGCGAUACAGAGAUGCGAGAAUUCUGCCGUGUUUACACAGCUUCUGUGAGCAGUGCAUCGGUAAGCUGGCUGCGAAAGCCGGUGGGAAGACCGUCCUAUGCCCCACAUGUAGAAGGGGUCACGACCUAACCGACGGACUGGCAAGUAUCCCUAAAAAUUUGUUUCUUACUGAACUCGCUGGGUUGAUUGAAAAUGAACGAGGUGGCGAUUCUACAAAAGUAGUCAAAUGUGGCAGUUGCCUGAAAGCAGCACCCCAGACUUGGUGUCUGGAUUGUGCAGUUGGACUAUGUGUCGAUUGCACGCAGGGACAUAAACAACUUUCUUGUUUAAAGAAUCAUCGUCUGAUGUCACUUGAAACGUACAACAAUACACGAGCCACUGACCCUGCUAAAGUGCAGCCCCCAGUUUACUGUAGCAAUCACCAUGACAACCAAGUCAAGUUUUACUGUGAUACAUGUGAUAUCCCCAUAUGUUUAGAGUGCACUGCUCUGGACCAUAAACUGACUGAGCAUAACUACCGAUACCUGAAUGAUGCGGCAUCAGAAUAUAAAGAGUACCUAGUAGAAAUGGUGGACACACUACAAGAAAAAGAACUGCAGGCAAACGUGAGUAAAGAGGAAGUGAAAAAAACGUCAGAAUCUCUGAAGAACCAAUUUCAAAAAGAAGAGAAGAAAUUGAAUGAACACACUGAAAAAACAAUUAAAGAAAUCACAGCCAAGAUCCGUGAAAAUGGAAAUCACCUGAUGGUGGAGAUGAAGCGUGAAUACGAAUCCCGGAAACAAAAUUUGCAAGCACAAAUUAAAGAACUUGAAAUAGCUGAGAAUGAUAUGAAACAUGCACGUGACUUUGGGAAAAAACUAAUGCAUUAUGGGAAUGAUGCACAAAUGAUGUCAGCAAAGAAGGGUAUGACGUCACAGAUACGACAACUGAUAGAAGUUAACACCAAACAACACCCAGUAGAGGAGGAAUAUGUUGAGUUCCAGCGAUCUGAUUUCCAUGAAACCAAAAGCCUUGGAGUCGUACUCUAUCACAUAUGCAACUUUAAGAUCACAAAUGUGCCGAAGUAUGCUAGAAUUAAUGAAGAAAUAAAUGUUUCUAUGACAACCAGUGGUAACCAGUCCAGACCACUGGCCGUAAAAGAGAUCCGAGCUGAGCUGAGCUCACCAAGUGAGAAAGUACAGGAAGUGAAAGUUGUAGAAAACCAAGACAGGACAAUAUCUCUAAAAUGUCAUUGUAGUGUAGAAGGAAAACAUGAAUUGUCAGUCUCAGUGUGGGACAAACCAGUUGAGGGAUCACCGGCUCAGAUUACCAUAAUUCCUAAUAAGGGGUUAAUAUGUAAAUAUGGCAUAAAAGGUUCAGGCAUGGGUCAGUUUAGGGGCAUAUGGGGAGUUUGUGUAGAUGGGAAUGGUGUGACAGCUGUAUGUGAUCAAGGUAAUCAGAGAGUUCAGUUGUUUUCUUUGUAUGGGACACACCAACGUGUUCUUCAGUUCACUAAUUUUACAUCUAGGUUUGACCCACGCCAUGUAGCAGUAUCAAAGGAAAGUUACUACUUCAUAACAGAUAAUAGUAACAAACAGGUUGUUGUAUGUGAUGAAAACAGUAAGGUAAUUAGAUGUUUUGGGAAUCAGGAAUUGACAUCCCCUAUGGGUAUUGCUAUCAGUCCUGUGAAUGACAGAGUGUAUGUUUGUGAUUUCAGUGCACAUUGUAUUAGAAUCUAUACACAAGAUGGGGAAUAUGUCAAGUCAUUUGGUUCUCAAGGUAAUGGGCAAUGUCAAUUUUACUAUCCAUGGGGAAUAACCAUUGAUAACAAGGGCAAUGUCAUUGUGGCUGAACACAACAACCAUCGUAUCCAGGUGUGUAAUUCUGAUGGUGUGUUCUUAUUCAGUUUUGGCAGUCAGGGGAAUGGUAAUAAUGAGUUCAGUUGUCCGUUGGAUGUUGCUUGUGAUAACGAUGGCAAUAUGUAUGUUUGUGAUUAUAAUAAUAACAGAGUCCUGAAGUAUGAUUCACAUGGUGUGUUCGUAUCUCGUAUUGAUAGUGACCAGGAUGCAUUGCAAUGUCCUGCAGGUAUUAGUGUCACUGAUGAUAAGCCGUUUGGCCAUGUGGUAGUAGUAGACCAACGGUCUCAGUGCAUUAAAGUGUUUGCACAAUGA